UCUCCCUCCCCCCUCUUUUUCAUCUUUCCUUUCCCUUCACGCACAAGCACGCAUACACACACGCGCACUCCGUCACACUGCAGCAGAAAGGAGAGGACACACCGUGAAGCUGUGAGGUAGGACCAGGCCUCUCAUCUUCUUCCUCAUCCUUCCUGUGAUAGACAACCUGUCUCUCUCUCCUCCGCUAUCCUCUGCUCUUCUUCAAGGACUACCGCACCCAGGGAGUGCCUGGAAAAGGUCUUACCGCAGCACGACGGAUCUACGGAUCACUCACACACCUACAUCCUCUUUUUUCCCUCUGCAUUUCUUGUUGCCAGGCAGUGUUGACUGAGCGUCAGGACGUCCGCUCAAGCACGUGUGCAUAUGACAAGGUGCUUUUCUCCAGCUGACUGAACGUUUUUUCAUCCCGUUUUCACACCCUGUUCCCUGUCUGGACGUGGCAUCCUUCACACCUUCAUCGUUUGCCGCUCAUCUUCCUCCUCGCAAAGGCAGACUGUAUCCCAGGAUGCUGUGCGGCAGGCUACUCUGCUAGGCCGCAGCAGCAUGGGCAAAGCACCGGGGGGGUGGGACAGCACGGAUUGGACGGCUCUGCUCCGGACGGGCGCGCUUACGCACUCCGCUGCUUCCGAUGGGUGAGGACAGUGAGAGCCCCAAAAUCAAUCACAGCUUCCUCCGAGACUAUGUCACAGAAGCUGAUGUCAUUUCUACAGUGGAGUUUAACCAGACGGGGGAUCUGCUGGCCACAGGGGAUAAGGGGGGGAGAGUGGUCAUCUUCCAGAGAGAAACAGAGUCUAAAGGUGAAUGUGAGGAGCUGGGAGAAUCGGGUGAGUAUAAUGUCUACAGUACGUUCCAGAGUCACGAACCGGACUUUGACUAUCUGAAGAGUUUGGAAAUUGAGGAGAAGAUCAAUAAGAUCCGCUGGCUGCCACAUCAAAACGCUGCCCACUUUCUCCUCUCUACCAACGAUAAAACGAUAAAGCUAUGGAAGGUGAGCGAGAGAGACAAGCGGCCAGAGGGCUACAAUCUGAAGGACGAAGAAGGGCGAAUAAAGGACGUCUCCACAGUGACCUCAUUACGGGUGCCGGUCCUGAAGCCCACUGACCUGAUGGUUGAAGUGCGGCCACGGAGAAUCUUUGCUAACGGCCACACCUACCACGUCAACUCCAUCUCAGUCAAUAGCGAUGGCGAGACAUACCUGUCUGCUGAUGAUCUCAGGAUCAACAUGUGGCACCUGGACAUCACCGACCGAAGCUUCAACAUUGUGGACAUUAAGCCUGCCAAUAUGGAGGACCUGACGGAGGUGAUAACAGCUGCAGAGUUCCACCCACAUCACUGCCACCUGUUUGUAUACAGCAGCAGUAAAGGCACACUGCGCCUCUGUGACAUGAGAGAGUCGGCCCUCUGUGACAAGCACUCCAAAAUCUUUGAGGAACCAGAAGAUCCAGGCAAUCGAUCUUUCUUCUCUGAGAUCAUCUCUUCAGUUUCUGAUGUUAAGUUCAGCCAUAGUGGACGUUAUCUGCUCACCAGAGACUACUUGACUGUCAAAGUAUGGGACCUUAACAUGGAGAAGGGCCCAGUGGAGACCUACCAAGUUCAUGAGUACCUAAGAAGUAAACUCUGCUCUUUGUAUGAAAAUGACUGCAUCUUUGACAAGUUUGAGUGCGUCUGGAACAGCAACGACAGUGUAAUCAUGACAGGAGCGUAUAACAGUUUUUUCCGGAUGUUUGAUCGCGAGACCGGUCGCGGUGUAACCCUCGAGGCAUGGCGUGAGAGCAGUAAACCGCGUGCUGUGCUGCGGACUCGCCGCGUUUACACCGGGGGCCGCCGUCGAAGGGGUGAUGUGGGCGUGGACAGUCUGGACUUCUCUAAAAAGAUUCUGCACAUGGCUUGGCACCCGGCCGAAAACAUCAUCGCCAUAGCUGCCACUAACAACCUCUAUAUCUUUCAAGACAGGGUCAACGCAGAAAACCAGUGACAAGAGAUGUGUAGAGGGGUUGCAGUAAUGCUCUUCACAGGGCCACACACAUUUAAACCAUGCACACGUAUCAAAUUUAUCCUUUAAAACACACACAUCAUUGGUCCUGUGGAGGUGGACGUAGUUGCCAGACUCUGAAAUUACACAGAUGGACUUUGCAGCUA